AUGUCGCAGAAGCGCAUGAUACCACUACCUUUCCCUAUCAUGUAUACUGCUGCUACAUUUGUCUUGAAUUUUUAUUUAUUCGAUGAUUCUACGCGUCACGCACGAUCAUUAACCAGAAUUGGUGCCUUUCCCAGUGAAACAGUUGUUACCGAAGGAAGUACUGCUGCUGCUGCUGCUGCUGCUGCUACUACUGGUGCAGCUGCUACAACUGCCACAACUUCGUCUUGGAUGAAUGAUACCGGUAUUUCGGUGUGUCCCACUGCUGCUGCUGCUGCUGUCAGUGCGGUCAGCACAGCCACACCAAAUAAUGUUCUCAAACGGCCAUCCGAUUUUCUGAUCGAUGGAGUGGCAUAUGAGAAGCGGCUAAAAGUUGAACCAAUCCAAGAGGAUCACAAGUUCGUUUUUUAUGCAUUUUUGCAUCUUAUUAUGCAAGUACAAGAGCACGUAUUAUCGAGGAGUUAUUUUUGUAUACAUACGUAG